AUGACUCCCACCCAGAGAAGCUGCUUCCAUCAGCCACUCAGAGCCGAUAUUGUCCCCUUGGAGGAAUUAUUUUCAACAAGGAGCUGCUUCCAUCGGCCACCCAGAGCCGAUGUUGCCCCACUCGGAGGACUUAAUUCCAACAGCAAGACUCCCACCCAGAGGAGUUACUUACAUCAGCCACCCAGAGCCGAUGUUGUCCCACUCGGAGGACUUAAUUUCAACAGCAAGACUCCCACCCAGAGGAGCUGCUUACAUCAGCCACCCAGAGCCGAUGAUGUCCCACUCGGAGGACUUCCUUUAUACAGCAUUUCGUUUCCGAAAAACGCCCACACGCAGAAGAGCUGCAUCCAUCAGCCACCCAGAGCCGAUGUUGUCUCACUCGGAGGGCUUUGUUUUUACUGCAAGACUCCCACCCAGAGGAGCUGCUUCCAUCGACCACCCAGAGCCGAUGUUGCCCCACUCGGAGGACUUAAUUCCAACAGCAAGACUCCCACCCAGAGGAGUUGCUUACAUCAGCCACCCAGAGCCGAUAUUGUCCCACUCGGAGGACUUAAUUUCAACAGCAAGACUCCCACCCAGGGGAGUUGCUUACAUCAGCCACCCAGAGCCGAUGUUGUCCCACUCAGAGGACUUAAUUCCAACAGCAAGACUCCCACCCAGAGGAGCUGCUUCCACCAGCCACCCAGAGCCGAUGUUGUCCCACUCGGAGGACUUAAUUUUUACGCAAGACUCCCACCCAGAGGAGCUGCUUCCACCAGCCACACAGAGCCGAUGUUGUCCCACCCGGAGGACUUAAUUUUUACGCAAGACUCCCACCCAGAGGAGCUGCUUCCACCAGCCACACAGAGCUGA